ACCACACGCCAGCUCCCACAAGCGCCUCCCCAUCUUGGAUUCCCAUUUUCAUGGGCGUUCACGUUGGGGACGUUUUCUAAGCAUUCCUCGUUCCUGCAACUUCCUCCCUCCUUUUCCCUUUCGAUCUUCUUCCUCUUUCCCUCCUCCUCUCUGAUCUUGAUCUUCGUUUCCGUUCCGUAGAUCUCAGGAAGUGGGAAGAGAAGAGGGGUGGAAGUUUUGUUGUUCUUUGGAGGGUGUGAUUGAGAUGGGGAAGUACGUGGAGAUGCUGGAUGCAGGUGUGAGGAUCGCCGCGAGGUUCCAUUCCCACUGCCCCCAGACCGCCCGCUUGUACUACCACCCGCCCGUCAACGCCGACGACCCCCACCACCACCACGACGGCGGCGACCCCCCUCACCACCACCUCAGCGGCGUAGGCGGCGCGAAGGGCGCCCCGGCCCAGAUGCGCCCGUGCGGCCGCGGGGCGUUCGGCGGGGUGGACACCGCGGAGUUCAUUCUUUAUUCCGUUUGAUUGGAUUCUGAUUUCGAUCUCACAAGCUACUUGUACCACCAAGAAAGAAAAAGGGAAAAAGAGAAAGAAACAAGUCGAAUGUUGUCGAUGUGUUCUUACAUAUACUCCUGACCUUUUUGAUGAUGUGUUUAACUAUUGUUGCCAAUCCAAUCUGUUGUCUGAA